UGCCCGGAGGAGCUGAUGGGGCCCGGGAUGCUUUCGCGGUCGCUGCUGCUGCGCUGCCGGCGGGCGGCGGUGGCGGCUCUGGGCGCUGCCCGCUGGCAAUGCCGGCCGCUGCCCGCCCGCCCGCUCAGCGCCGCCGCUCGGCUCGGGGCUCCGCGCCCGCCGGGCACGGGCGGCGGGGGGCGGCGCAAGGGGGCGGCGGGGACCGGCGGGCAUGGAGGAGGAGAAGAAGAAGAGGAGGAGGAGGAGGACGAGGAGGAGGAAGAAGAGGAGGAGGAGGAUGAGGCGGAGCUGGAGGAGCUGCUGGGCCCCUCUCCGCUGGCCCUGGAGCCCGGCGCGCAGCGCGUUUUCAUCGUGCACCCCGCGGUCAAGUGGGGCCCGAGGAAGUCGCCGCUCACCACGGCUGAAUUGCAGAUUGCUGAGGCCGUCGCUCUUGUAGAUACUCUUCAGAAUUGGACGGUAUUAGAUAAAAUAAUUAUUCCUACAAAAAAUCCUGACAAGAAGUUUGUUUUUGGCAAAGGAAACUUUCAGGUUUUGACAGAAAAGAUUAAAAAAUUGCCAAACCUGACAGCUGUCUUCUUGAAUGUGGAAAGAAUAUCUUCACUGACAAAGAAAGAACUAGAAGGUGCCUGGGGCGUGAAAGUCUUUGACAGAUACACCAUUGUACUUCACAUUUUUCGUUGUAAUGCCCGGACUAAAGAAGCAAAACUGCAGAUAGCUUUGGCCGAAAUUCCACUUCUCAGGUCAAAUCUGAAAAAUGAGGUGUCUCAGCGAGAUCAGCAGAGAGGUGGAUCAAGAUAUAUCAUGGGCUCAGGCGAAACAUUUCUGGAGACACAGAAUCGUAUCUUGAAAGAAAGAGAACUUAAAAUUAGGAAUGCCCUGGAGAAACUAAGAAGAAAAAGGUCUUUACUUAGAACUCAGCGCAGAAAACGCGAGUUUCCAGUGAUCUCAGUCAUGGGCUAUACUAACUGUGGAAAAACUACUUUGAUCAAAGCCUUGACUGGGGAAGCAGGACUUCAACCCAGGGAUCAGCUGUUUGCCACUCUCGAUAUUACAGCCCAUGGUGGCUAUCUGCCCUCACAUAUGGCAGUUAUUUAUGUUGACACCAUUGGGUUUCUGACUGAUCUUCCCCAUAAUCUGGUUGAGUCCUUUUCAGCUACAUUAGAAGAAGUGGCUUACUCAGAUCUGAUAGUUCACGUGAGGGAUAUUACUCAUCCAGAAACCGUCCUGCAGAAAGCAACUGUUCUGUCAGUUCUGAAGAAUCUUAAUCUUCCCAGCCGUUUACUGGACUCAAUAGUAGAAGUUCAUAACAAAGUGGACUUGAUAGAAAGGUAUAAACCCACUGAAGAGAAUACUUUAGCUAUUUCUGCUCUACAUGGGCAUGGUUUAGAAGAACUGAAACAAGAAAUAGAGAAGAAAAUACUGACAGCAACAGGGAAGAAGAUUCUGACAAUUAACGUUAACUUAGAGGGACCGCAGCUAAGUUGGCUGUAUAAAGAAGCAACAGUUCAGGAAGUAGAAGUCAUGCCUGAAGAUGGCACAGCCAGGGUGAAGGUGAUAAUCAGCAGUUCUGCUUUGGGCAAAUACAAAAACCUCUUUCCCAACAGUAAGAUUUUCAUGUCAUGAAACUGCAUCGUUUUCUAAGAAAAGAAACUGGUAUCGUUAAGAGGAUGCAAAAUGAAGUUAAUGACCUGUUAGUCCCAGUGCUGAGGAGACUAUUUUUCUUCCCCUGCUGGUGUUCCAACACCACCCUGCCAACUAUACCAUGGCACUCAGGGCCACAUCCAGUCUCUUCUUAAAUACCUGCAGGGAUGGUGACUCCACCACCUCCCUGGGCAGCCCAUUCCAACGUCUGAUCACUCUGUAAAGAAUUUCUUCCUAAUGUCUAACCUAAACCUCCCCUGGCAGAGCUUAAGACUGUGCCCUCUCUUGUCCUACUGCUGAUUGCCUGGGAGGAGAGACCAACUCCCACCUGGCUCCAACCUCCUUUCAGGUGGUUGUAGAGAGUGAUGAUGAUCUCAGAGGUCUUUUCCAACCUGGUUGAUUCUGUGAUUCUGUGAUUCUGUGUUUUAGAAAUGGACAUUUUAGAAAUUGACACAUUUUAGAAGUGGGCAAUAUUUCAGAGAACUUCUGUUUGGAAACGAUAAGAGCUUUGAGCUUAAUUUUAUCAGCAAGUGCAAGGACAAUACUAAAUUUUUUUAUGUUAAAACUGUUGCUGGCUAUGAGCUGUGGACCUCAAACACAUGGAAUGGCAUCUGACUUAACCUUCAGAAAAGUAUCAUGUUUCUUAUAUCAUAUAAAUAAAGCUUUUUACCUCCUUUUUCAGAAUAAAAUAUUUAUUACAGUUGUUUCAGAUGGUCUUUGGAAAAUGAAAGUAAGUGAGCAAAAUGUUGUAUAUAAAUAUGUAUUCAAGCAGGAUGCAUGAAAAUGAAUAAAAUAACUGCCAUGUCUUAUUGCAGUGAAGCAAAAACUCCACAGAUUUGUAUAUUAAAGUAUUGAAUAAAGUUAGCUAUGAACACCUUUUA